AUAAACGAAGCAGAGAGAAGCAUCCUCCUCUGCCAGCUCUGUUUUCCUCCUUUCAUCCAUCCAUCUCUUUGAGCUGUAGGUUUAUUGUUCGAUGGGGAGAGCUCCGUGCUGCGACAAAGCCAACGUGAAGCGGGGGCCCUGGUCGCCGGAGGAAGACGCCGCUCUCAAGAGCUACAUUGAGAAAAACGGCGCCGGCGGCAACUGGAUCGCUUUGCCUCAGAAAGCAGGCCUCAAGCGAUGCGGCAAGAGCUGCCGAUUAAGAUGGCUCAAUUACCUCCGCCCCGACAUCAAACACGGCGGGUUCACAGAGGAAGAGGACAACGUCAUUUGCACUCUGUAUGAUAGACUCGGAAGCAGGUGGUCUGUGAUCGCUUCCCAGCUGGUUGGGAGAACUGACAACGACGUGAAGAACUACUGGAACACCAAACUCAAGAAGAAGUUGCUCGUGCCGAGGGCAACCUCCAACUCCACUCUCCACGGCGCACCGUCCACUCCACCUCCUCCGGUCCUCUAUCCACCCAUCAAAACCGAGGCUUUCGGCGGCGCCGAUUUCAGCUUCGCGCAUGUCAAGCCUCUUCAACCCAGCUACGGGCUGCUCUCCCAGCAGUAUCGGCAGAUGCCAUUCCCUGAGAGGAUUUUCAUCGAACAAGUGGUCUCCCCGUCGGAGGAAGCCUCGGCGGCUUCGUCGUCGUCGGUUAACAGCUGGUGCAGCUACUCUAAUGAGCUGUUCCUGUCGUCGCUUGGGCUGGGAGAUGCAGCUGCCUUAUUCCUCGGUGGCUACAGCUUCGGCUGCCAGGAAAGCGAUCCAACUCCAAGCGACAUGGCAACACCGCCCCAGGGUUUCACUUGUCAUGAUGGAUGCAACUGCAGCAAGUUCAAUUACCCAUGAACAUGAUAGAACUGACGACAGAGUAGAUGACUAGUAAUUGUUGUUAUAGCAGUGUAGUUUCUGUUUUAAUGCC